AUUUGCGGCCGCUCGAGCCAGGAAAGCCCAAGAACAACGGACACGGAGAUGAGCUUAGCGCUUCUAGGGGGCUACUCCUCCGCCGAGGACGACGACCCCGCCGCCGGCGCCGGCGUCGAGCUGAGCGACUCCGGCGACUCAUCAGCCGAAGAGGCCGGAUCUGACGGAGACGAGAAGUCCGCUCCAUCGAAGCCGGCUGCGAAGCCCCGCCCCCGCGUAAACCCUAGCCCCGGAGAUGGGGACUCCUCGCUGCCCUCGGCGCUAGAUGUCUUCGCCGAGAUCUCCGGGCCCCCGGCUUUCCUCAACCGCAGAGUGGCCCAGCCCGAGGAGGUCGGGGAGGCGCUCGGCGUGCUCGAUCGUCGCUCCAACUCCAAGAGGAGAAAGCCGCCACCUCCCGGUGCGGUUGUGGCGGCGAAGCCACAGUUGGUUGCCAUCCGUGAACGAGUUAGCAGUGACGUGAAGAAUGGUGCCAACCCUCCAGUUGCGGUUGUGUCGGCGAAACCACAGUUGGUUGCUGGUCACGAACGAGUUAGCAGUGACAUGAAGAAUGGUGCCAGCCCUCCAGGUUCUGUUGAAGGAAAGAGGAAAAUAGGCGCUGCAAAUCCUGGUCCGGAAGAUGCUGCCGAGCUUCUAAGAAUGUGCCUCCAGUGUGGUAUACCAAAAACCUAUUCACAUGCGCAAGGAAUGGUAUGCCCUGUUUGCAACGACAGACCGGUGCAGGCUAAAGAGCCAGAGAAGAAGAAGGGUUCUGCUGUGAAAGACAAGGAGAAAGUGAAGAGGAUGAGAGGGCAAUCGUCACAUGCAUCAUGGAAGAGCGAAACUGAGAUGGCCCUGCGCCAACAAUUCGACUGAUUGGUGUCACCAGGACUGCUGGUGCACCCAAUCUGUAAACUGUACACUAGGUAGAAUACAAUCUCUUCGCCUGAGUAAGCUUGCACCACUGCGUCACGGUUGGUUCAAGAUUUGUUUCUUGUAUUUGCAGUUCUCUGCGACACUCGGAUUGGUCUGAUAAGCUGUGUUCGUUAAAAUGUUUCCAGUGACUCGGGGCCUCUUUUGCUUCAUGAGGCUUUUCCUGUAUCUA